GCCGCCAUCCUUGUCUCCCCGGCUGGCGAAGAAGCCAGCUCGUAGAAAGAAAACAGAGAGGACUCCUUUACUGUCUUUCAAAAACAUUUGUUAUACCGUUAAAAUUUACUAACACGCGAUCUUAGAGAGAUCAAACAAACCGCCGGAAUUCCAAGAUGGCGGCUGUGAGCAACAUGAGCAGAAUAUACGGGUCCUGUUUUCACGCUGUCCGUCAGGCAGCAGGGCUGAAGACGUCCCGGCUCCUCCAGCGUCGGUCCUUCAGGUUCAGCGCCGUCGUGCAGCAGCAGCCCGAUGACUCGUCGCUGGAUAAGCCUCAGUUCCCCGGAGCCUCAGCAGAAUAUGUGGACCACCUCGAAUUCAUCCAGCCCAACGUGAUCUCGGGCAUCCCGGUGUACCGGGUCAUGGACAGGCAGGGUAAAAUCAUCAACCCCUCUGAGGACCCUCAGCUCUCCAAAGAGACGGUGCUGAACUUUUACCAGAAGAUGACCUUAUUGAACACGAUGGAUCGCAUCCUCUACGAGUCCCAGAGACAGGGUCGAAUCUCCUUCUACAUGACUAAUUACGGCGAGGAGGGGACGCACAUCGGCAGCGCUGCAGCUCUCGAGCCAAACGACCUGGUUUUUGGUCAAUACAGAGAAGCCGGAGUUCUGAUGUACCGUGGUUUCCCUCUGGAUCGCUUCAUGGCUCAGUGUUACGCCAACGCCGACGACCUCGGGAAGGGCCGCCAGAUGCCCGUCCACUACGGCUCCAAAGACCUCAACUUCGUCACCAUCUCGUCUCCUCUGGCCACGCAGAUUCCUCAAGCGGCCGGAGCUGCGUACGCCAUAAAGCGCGAGAACGCCAACCGGGCCGUGAUCUGUUACUUCGGGGAGGGGGCGGCCAGCGAAGGGGACGCACACGCCGGCUUCAACUUCUCCGCCACGCUGGAGUGCCCGCUGAUCUUCUUCUGCCGCAACAACGGCUACGCCAUCUCCACCCCCACUAACGAGCAGUACAGAGGGGACGGCAUCGCUGCCCGCGGGCCGGGUUACGGCAUGCUGUCCAUUCGCGUCGACGGCAACGACGUGUUUGCCGUGUACAACGCCACGAAGGAAGCUCGCCGCCGGGCCGUGGCUGAAAAUCAGCCUUUCCUGAUCGAGGCCAUGACCUACAGAAUCGGGCACCACAGCACCAGCGACGACAGCUCGGCCUACCGCUCGGUGGACGAGGUGAACUACUGGGACAAGCAGGACCACCCCAUCUCCAGGCUGAGGCACUACAUGACGGCCCGCAGCUGGUGGAGCGAGGACGACGAGCGCGGCUGGCGCAAGCAGUCCCGCAAGACGGUGAUGGAGGCGUUCGAGCGCGCGGAGAGGCGCCUGAAGCCCAACGUGGAGCUGAUGUUCACGGACGUGUACCACGAGAUGACGCCGGGCCUGAGCAAGCAGAGGGAGGCCAUGUGGAGGCACGUGCAGCAGUACAAGGAACACUACCCCCUCGACCUGUACGAGAAAUAACUGCGCCCCAGAAGUGGGACUGACGUUAACCGCACCCCGUGUUCGUGUAGCGGAGUUUGUCGUUUCGUUCGGGAAGAAAUAAAAGGGUCAAAACUACAUUUCCACUCUGUUACAUAAAAAUAACAGUUCUACAGCUUUA